UUGCUGCAUCGAGACAAUGUUGAAGUUUCCAACAAAAGGUUUUUUUCUUGCGCUUGUUGUGGUGAACUUUUUUUGUGUGACUGUGAGUGUGGAAUUCGGCCGAUUUCAUGGAUUUGAUUUGGGGAGCACCGUCCGCGUUCUGACUAUUGGGGGCGCUGUUCAGAGCUAGCGGACAACAUCUCGCCAUCACAGGCUGCUCCAUACAGAAAUGUAGGAAUACCAAAACGAGGAUGCAAAACACAACACGGAGGAUCUUAUUUAUACUGAAAUAUCCCACACAAAAAGUAUGUGAACCCUUGAAGAGAUACAUUUCAACCUUAGGAGGGGGUUACUGUAGCCAACGCAGGGACGCAGGAGCGUCCCACAAUGCAUCUGUUAACACUUGGUGCAAGGGUUGCGCAAGAAAUGUCUCAAAAUCAUUAACGACAAAUCUCAGGUACUAUAGCAUGCAGAGAAUCUUCCUCAACAAAUGGAGGACCGACACGGACGUUCUUUUCAAGAACAGUCACGACAGUAGGAAUUUUUCCUGGCGUAACCGACCGCCUGACUGGGACAGCUACGGUACCUGGGAAAAUCGCAUCGAGGAACCCAUACUCCUCCAGCAGAGCAUCAAGCACGGCAUCCCGAUUCCCAAGAUUUCUCUCUCGAAUGUUGGUGCGGAGUCCCUGAUUGGACGGCGCUUGACCAAUGAGGACAGGAUACGCAUGGUCGAACUGGCCCCAAAUCUCCUCUACUUUGGGAUAUUCGACGGGCACGGGGGUGCCACUGCGGCCGACUACGCUAGCUGCAACUUGGAACAUCACAUCGGGUAUUGGCUGUGGAAUGAAUACGAUCUGCAGGUGGUUCUGAAAAGGUCAUUUGAGGAUCUGGAGAACCGGUUCGCAAGACACCUGCACAUGGACAUCAGAGAUCCAGCCUUGGAAAACAGCGGCACCACAGCGACUGUGUGCCUCCUCCGAAACGGCAACGAGCUUGUGGUGGCCAACGUCGGCGACAGCCGGGCCAUUCUGUGUCGCAAGGGGAAGGCAGUGAGACUGUCGCGCGACCACCAACCGGAGGUCGACACGGAACGGGAGAGGAUUGAGGCUUCUAACGGUUUCAUCAGCUGGAAUAGUAAAGGCCAACCGCUAGUCAACGGUGCACUGACAAUGACGCGUAGUAUAGGUGACGGACCACUGAAGCGAUACGGCGUGAUCGCACAGCCUGAGACAAAAUCAGUAGAGAUCAAGCACAGCAAAGACAGCAUGCUGAUCCUAGUGACGGACGGCAUCAUCUCCGUCAUGACCGAUCAAGAAGUCUGCGAUUCCGUCAAUCAGUGUCACGACCCACCCACCGCGGCCAACUUUGUCGCCGACCAGGCCUUGCAGUUCGGCAGCGAGGAUAACGCAAGCAUCGUGGUGGUUCCGUUAGCGCGGUGGGGAUACGAGACGGGCAACAGCUCUGUGCGUACGAUGCGAUGGUUCGAGCGGUCUAAAUCCUAAUGUUUAUUUCUGAAAGUAUUUAUAAUUUUAAAUUUUUGAAAAUGUUAAAGAUAAUUUUGUGUGUGAUUUUAAGUAAUUGCAAGUAUGGUGUACAAAUAUAAUGGGGGAUUCUUUUACAUAGAGGAAAGCCAUAUGACUACUAUGUUCAACAGGAAUUAAUCAAAGUAAAGAUAUAUGUAGGACAAAAUUAUCAUGUGACAGUACCACACAUUUCAAACUCAACUUGUAUAUUCGUCAACUCUUGCUCUAUUUUUAUUUUUUAGAGAACUCUUUUUAUCUUACAUUUAAAUUUGCCUUUGCAGAUUUCUUGAGUGACAAUGAAACCAAACAUUUAAGACUGCCGUUUUUUUUAUAUAAUCAACACAUUACAAAUUUGUAUACUGCACUGUACAUACGUAUGCUGCAUUUCGAGGCCAUUUCACAAAAACUCAGUUGCUUAAAAAUUAUGAAGCUGGAAAAAAAAAUUGGAUGCUCCAUACUUCAGCUACGGAUAUUUCUCUAGAAAAGAAGAAGAAUGAAGAUAUUACACUUAACAGUAAAGAGAAAUUAACGUUUACGCCGAUUUAUCCCCAAAUAAUACACAAAAUACUACAUUCCACUACCGUGGAAUUCAAAUUCCCCCAGGCAAAACAAAAAUAAUAAUUGGCAAGACAAAACUUUUUAAAUUCCACUACAAAAUCUUAGCGCGAGAAAAAGCUAACCUCGUUUUUUUGAAGGGUUGCAAUUCUACAAUUACUGAAUAAACCUCUUGACACUAUGAAGACACACAAUGUCAAAUGGCACUGUGUUUUGAAACUGUUGCGUUAAAUCGUUCCGGUACCCAUGAUAUGUGUGGUAGCUUCGAAAUUCAACAAGUUUAUACAAGUCUGUUACUUAUACAUGCACAUCAACUGCUUAAGAAUUUGAGGCCAGUACACAAGCUACACACAUUCUUGGUUAAAAAAAAAUGAAGAAAAAACAAAAAGGAUCCAUCACCUUCGCAAUCAAUGUUACAACGUUGGUAUUUCAGCUUUUUAAAUCAUAUCGCCUUUUCACAUGGUCAAAACUGAAACAAUUUAUAUUCAUGUUCACAAGUAUAAUUGCCAGAAAUUAUCACUUGAGUUAUUGUGACCUUUUUGAAAUUUCAGUUAUCUACAGUUCAACAUCAACGAUUGAUUUUUUUUUUUUUUUCAAUUGCAACCCUAGUUCUUUUACUCAGUAUGUACGAAACCAUUUAUGCUCUUACCACCUCAUAGCAUUGUAUAUACAACAUGUGCAUAUAUGUUUAGCAAGUGCAACAUGUUUUACACAUGUACGUAAAUUAAUUGCGUAAUGCCAUCAUGUCAAAGGUCUCUUCAAACUUUCAGAAAUAAUGAUGUUUUUCCCAUACUUGAUGUAUACAAUAAGCCAUUUGCAAGUGACCCAUGCCCUUUGGGAUUUGCUUGGCACAUUGUAACUUUGAAAUCUCCAGACCAAAGACACUGUUGCUAAUCACAUCAUUCGGGGCAAGCUCUUGCACAGUUACGUAAGAGACGCUCAGCACCAAUACAAUGUACAUUGUUCACAAUGUGUGAGAAUGGCACAAAGACACCAGACCAUGCCGGAGCUGGAGGUUGCUAGCAUAAGGCUUGCCCCGAAUCACGUGAUAUAGUAACAGUCUCUUUGGUAGGCCCAUCUUAGCAAAGCAUUGGAAAGUCAGCGUUCCAGAUUUUAUUCAAAUUUAACUCGCAAAUGGCUUAUUAGCCAGUUGACACAAACUGCAUGUAUUUAUAGCAUUAGGAGUUAGAAACAGUGCAGCAACUUUAACAA